GGCAUCGUGAAGCAGGACUCGCUGGUGAUCAACCUGAACCGCAGCAACCCCAAGCUCAAGGACCUCUACAUCCGGCCCAACAUCGCCCAGAAGAGGAUGCAGGGGGCCCUCGAGGCGCACGUCAACGGGUUCCGGUUCACGUCAGUCAGGGGGGACAAGGUGGACAUCCUGUACAACAACAUCAAACACGCCGUGUUCCAGCCCUGUGACGGCGAGAUGAUCAUCGUGCUGCACUUCCACCUCAAGAACGCCAUCAUGUUCGGGAAGAAGCGGCACACGGACGUGCAGUUCUACACCGAGGUGGGCGAGAUCACCACGGACCUGGGCAAGCACCAGCACAUGCACGACAGGGACGACCUCUACGCUGAGCAGAUGGAGCGGGAGAUGCGGCACAAGCUGAAAACGGCCUUCAAGAACUUCAUCGAGAAGGUCGAGGCCCUCACCAAGGAGGAGCUGGAGUUCGAGGUGCCCUUCCGGGAGCUGGG